AUGAAAGACACCGCUAAACCGUCACUGUCAUUGACGAAGACCCCGAAGCCCCAAGGUCAAGGUGGCCGAGGCAGAGGCCAUAAGGCUGGCAACAAACAUGGUCGCAGCCGCGGCAGCGCGAACCCCACUGUCAUUGCCACUCCCACAGCCGCUCAAUCUGGAAACAAAAGCCUUAGCGACUUAAUCGACAAUCAAAACUCAGCCAACAAAUCGGCGAAAAAAUCCAAUGUGCGCGCUGAUAUGGCCAGGAACGUUAAAGCCAAACAACUGACUGCACCGACGUCGCCCGCCGGAGUCAAAUCAAGCAGCAUACUUGGCGAGCAGUUGGUGAAGUCGUAUGGCAAGUCGUCAUCCGCCGGCAGCUCGGAAGGGGGUGGAUUGAAGAGUGGCCAAGCUACCGAUGCCGACACCAAGGUCAUGCCCCAGUCAAGUCCAAGUCUGACUCUGAAUACGGCUCCAGCCCCAAUAUUGGUGAUGAGUCGGCAGACAAUCGGCGGGUGGCUGAGACGCAGAGCCGAGAGGCGAGUCCCGUCGCAACCAGCGAGGCAUCGGUUGAUUCGCAGCAGGAAGCCAGCUGAAGGAGAAAGUGCCGAUCCCGAUGCUUAUUUUGAUGCCCCCGUGCUGGAGAGUGUGUCUAUGGCCACCGUGGAGUCUGGCGAAAUAUUUUCCGCAGGUGACCAGUAUGCUGUCGAGGCUGAUCCGUUGGUCGCCGACAGCCAGUUUUUUUUGCAGGAUGCCACGCCUGACAAGGCCUCUGCAAAUGGCGAAUUUGCCGUGGUUCAGGAUGAGGCCAAUGAGCCGGUGGCUGGGCUGGGCACUUUGGCCGACCUGAUAGUCCUAGAUUACAUGUCGCAGCAGAUCAUAGACGAGGUCUCAAACAUGGAGCCCACGCUGUCGCGCUCGCCAAAUCCAGCGGUUGAUGCGAAUUCCACUUUCCGUCGGCUGGACUGCUUGGGGCGCGAGCAGCGCGGAAGCCAGGCGCUCGACCUGCUUGUCGACAUGCAGACACAGCAGUGGCUGAUGGCCGCUGACAGCGAGGACCAGUUGCAGAUGAUGGUCGCAGAGGGCGUGGGAUCAGCGAUGCCGUGA